AUGGACUGCAAAGCCGUCUUGACGUCGGAAGGAGUUGUGGAGCCUCUUUUUCAGCUACUGGUGCAUAAGGUGACCAUUGAGAAAUUCGACUUACUUCGGGAUCUGGCAAAGAAGAAAGCACUCCCAGACUGCGCCGAGGACUCGGAAGAGUUUUUUGAGCAUGGAACUGUGUUAUUUCUGGGCUCCUUUGGUCAGGCAGCGGGACUUGAACUCCAACUUUGGCUGUGCCCAAAUGGCGAUAGAGAGGACUGGGAUGCCCUCACAAUCACAAUAUCGAAUGAAGGACUGACAGAUUUACCAGAUGUUACAAAACUGACACUACUUGACGCUCGGGACGAAUACAAGGAAAUAUCUUCCUGCGAAACAGUAGGAAUAUGCAGGGCCAAGCGAGGAUACGUGCGAUUCUUUUUUAACUGGACGGAUCACAACAUCCUUCGAGUUGGAAGCCGUUUGGUGCUCAAAGUCGAAAUGCGGUUUCUUCGUCGACUUCUACACAUAGACGCAGAACCAAAUCGGGGCGCGACGACUGGCUCACUCCAAUGCGAUGUAUUCGAUUAUUUAUCUGAAAAAUACUUCAAGAUGGCGAAUGAUCGCGUGCUGGUCCAAGUCGGCUCUCGAAAGAUGCUAUGCAGCAAGGCUCUUCUUUCUUGCCGCUCGCCAGUGUUUGAAAGCAUGUUUUCUGGCAGCUUCAAAGAAGCUAAUUCGAGCUUCAUUGCCUUAAAGGACAUGGACACUGACGUUGCCGCUAUCCUCAUUGACUGGAUACAGGAAGACAGGCUUCCCGAAACAUCAGGUCUCAACUGGAGCAAAUGCAUGCGAGUGCUGAUGGCUGCAGAUAAGUUUCAAGUCCACACGCUAGUGGAUUACUGUAUUUGUCAUCUUCGUCGCCUCCUUACCCAAGGCAACGUAUCAUUCGACGAAAUCAUUGUGGUUCGGAAGAUGUUGCAACAGUGCACAGGAUCGAAGAUUACUCAACUUGGUAAGUUCCGAACGUUCGCUAUAAAUGCAGCUUCAUUCAUACUUCGAGCAGCUAGGGAUUGCGAGGCAUAUGUUGCUGCACGGGCAGCAUGUGAUCCGUCAAAGAUGUGGAGCAUCCUCGAUUUAGAGAUGACACAUGAUCCACUGCUAAAACCAUGCAGGAAGGGAAAUGCCAUAGAUAUCUGA